UUUGUGUUUGUUGUUUUUUUUUUUGAUUUUCUUUGUAUUUUUUUUGUUCCACCAUCAUAGUUGGAAUAGAAAAUGUUUUUGACCACAAUUUAUUUUAGUCGUAGCCGUAUGUUGAAUCGUUUUGUUGGAAAAACCGUUAUUGUACGUGAUGGUGAUGUUGAUGGUUCUAUUCGUGUUUUGAAUCGUAUAAUGGGCUCAGAAGGUUUGUUUGAUAUUUAUCGCCGUACAAGAUAUUAUGAAAAACCAUUCAAUACACGAAGACGUGUUAGCUGGCAAAUGUGUAAAGCAAUAUAUGAUGAAGAUAUGGAAAGAAAAAUACGAUUUGUUUCACGUAAAAAUCGUACGAAUCCAAAUCCGGCUUAUAUUUUCUAAAUUGAUGUCAUCAUCAUCAUCAUAUAUAUUUCUUAAUUUCCAAAUUGAAAAAAAAUAAAUUGUAGACAUAUAUAUUGCC